AGUUGAACCGGAAAUAACUGAGUAGAAAGAAAAAGAGAAAGAACUUUUCGUUUCGUAGCUCACCUUUAAACCACAAAGAUUUUAUGAGAGUUCGAAACGGAGUCUCAAGAAAAUGCCGCACAGUCGAUCGUAACGAGCAAGCUUCUCAUAGAACAACCUUCUUCGAUCUUUUAAGGAUUUUCUUAGUGAUCUCUCCGAAGGAAUACGCGAGUGUUAUCCUUUAUUUACUCCUUUUUUUAGCUCUGCUUCUUUUUUGUUAUAUUUUUGAAAAGAAAAAGAAGAAGUCAUCGCACAAACUGGAUAUGGUGGGAUCUUCGUACGUUCUCGGAAAGAUUUAUCGAUCACGUGACAGAAACAGACAAAAAGGUAUAACUAAUAAAAGGAUUGUGUGAUUGUUUUGAAAAUUAACGAAAAUUUGUCGAAAUUUUCAUCGACUAUUGUUUUUCGCGUUAUUUUCUAUGAUCGCCUCACCCUGCCCCCUCCACUUUCUUUCUUUCUUCAUCUUGUUAACGCGAAGUGAAAAUUUAAAAAGUUUGAUUAGAAGGAACGACAACAUGUGGAUUUGACGUCAUUCCGACAACAAUCGUCAUCAUCGUCGUCGUCGUAUUCGAAAUAAAUUAGAACGACGAGUCAGCGAUGCUUCUUCUGCUUCAACGUUGUCGUCAUUUUCAAAUACGAUCAUGUUCCUCUAAGUUUGUCAUCUUGAAGAGUACACCAAGCUCAUCUCUAAACAUGUGGACUCGUUGUUUCGAUGAGCAUCGACAUUCCCAUAAAACAAGAAGUUUAUUCAUCAAUUAUUCUUCGUGGGAAAACUUGUUAAUUAUACCAAGCAGAUAAACGUUAAUAUCUUCAAUAAAAAAAAAAACAUUAAGCAUUUUGAGUCUCCUUACGUUUAAUCGUAAAUCUCAAACAAAGAAGUUAGCUCUUACCUAAGGUACAUAUAUAUAUUCUUCAGUCUCUCUCUCUCUCUUUUUGAGUUUCUACUUAAUAAAUUAUAAAAGGAGAGCAAGAGGAGGAAGGUUCAAGGAUGGUAGAAUGAUAUUUUUCAUUUGACAAAGCCAAACGUCAUACAUAUAUAUGAUUAGAAUCUUUCAACGAGGAAAUAGAGCACCAACAAAAAGAUGAAAGUCAGAAGUUAUCCUGGUCGUGCUGUUCUGGAAGACCCGGAACUACUAUUGGACCCAGACGCAACUCGAGGUCGAGCCAUGGAGUUACUUUACGAGGCCAGUUGGAGGGAAUGUGGCAUCAACUGGACAAACGACAGUAGGAGCAAUAAGGUUGUAUCUCGUGAACGGGACGAAUUGGAAUGCCGAGAACCGUACGCCGAGGUGAUCUCACAAUUGGAAGGAGUACUUGAGGGUAGUCCUAAUGGUGGUAGUGGUGGUGAUGAUGGUGACUGUGGAGGUGAAGAUUCUAGGGGUUCUUCUAGCCCAAGAGAAGGUGGUGGUAGGUCUAGAAGAUCUAGUAGUACUGGUACCGCUAGUAGUAGUGAUUCUUCCGAAACGAAUCAGCCUGUUGGUGGCAAUGGCCAAAGUGGAUUUCUCAUUCCAAGACCGAGACUCAUCGUACCGGUUCACACCUACGCUAGGAGACGACGGACCGGGGCUCCACAACCUAUCAGAAGACGCCAAAUACGCCAAGAGGGUAAAGUUGAAGUUUCGAGAGAUGGAAAAUAUCUGAGCAAUUUGACGCCAGGCAAGGUUCUUGGUGAAUUAGCAAUCCUUUAUAAUUGUAAAAGAACAGCAACGAUAACUGCUGCGGUUGACUGUAGAUUAUGGGCAAUAGACAGACAAAGUUUUCAAACUAUUAUGAUGAGGACAGGCCUCACAAAACAGGCCGAAUAUACCGACUUUUUAAAAAGUGUACCUAUUUUCAAGAAUUUACCUGACGAAGCUUUGACAAAAAUUACCGAUGUUUUAGAAGAAACCACCUACAACAACGGCGAUUAUAUAAUUAGACAAGGUGCCAGAGGUGAUACCUUUUUCAUUAUUAGUAAAGGACAAGUACGAGUUACUAUGAAGCAAAAAGAUUCCGCAGAAGAUAAAUUUAUUAGAACGUUACGUCGUGGUGAUUUCUUUGGAGAAAAAGCUUUGCAAGGCGAUGACCUGAGAACUGCAAACAUUAUCGCAAACGAUGUCGAUGGUGUCACUUGUUUAGUCAUAGAUCGUGAAACUUUCAACCAAUUGAUCUCUCCUUUGGACGAGAUACGGAAGAAAUACGAGGAUGAACUCGUGGAAAGACGAAGAUUGGACGAUGAAUUCCAAAACGUUCAAUUGCACCAUCUACGACGGAUUGCUACCCUUGGGGUUGGUGGAUUUGGUCGUGUCGAAUUAGUUCAAAUAGCUGAUGACAGCUCCCGAGCGUUUGCCCUCAAACAGAUGAAAAAGGCACAAAUAGUCGAAACCCGACAGCAACAACAUAUAAUGUCGGAGAAACGUAUAAUGAAUGAGACGAACUGUGACUUUAUUGUCAAGUUAUACAAAACGUUCAAAGACGAUAAGUAUUUGUAUAUGUUAAUGGAAGUUUGCCUAGGAGGAGAGCUUUGGACAGUUCUCAGAGACAGGGGACACUUCGAUGAUGCUACUACUCGAUUUUACACUGCAUGCGUCGUUGAAGCUUUCGACUAUUUACAUUCACGAAAUAUCAUUUAUCGUGAUCUCAAACCGGAGAAUCUUCUACUUGACAAUGAAGGAUACGUCAAAGUCGUAGACUUUGGAUUUGCUAAAAGAUUAGAUCAUGGAAAGAAGACAUGGACUUUCUGUGGUACACCUGAAUACGUUGCACCGGAAGUUAUUCUUAAUAGAGGUCACGACAUAAGUGCUGAUUAUUGGUCUCUUGGUGUCCUAAUGUUUGAACUUCUUACUGGAGCGCCGCCUUUCACUGGUUCUGAUCCGAUGAAAACUUACAAUAUCAUUUUAAAAGGCAUUGAUACCAUCGACUUUCCGAAGAUCAUAACACGUAACGCUUCUGUCCUCAUUAAAAAACUUUGCAGAGAUAAUCCGGCGGAACGACUCGGCCACCAAAAAGGAGGCAUUAGCGAAAUUCAAAAGCACAAAUGGUUCGAUGGCUUCAAUUGGGAAGGUCUAAGACUACGAACAUUAGAUCCACCGAUUAGACCCCGUAUUCGUGCGCCUAUUGAUACUUCAAACUUCGACGAUUACCCACCAGACACUGACCCAACACCCCCAGAUGAUCUCUCUGGAUGGGACGCUGAUUUUUAAUAACAUUAAUAAGAAUAUCACAAAAUAUAAAAUGUUCAAAUUUGUUUGACGCGAGUAUUUCUUAAUACGUUAAGCCAUAUUUGACGGGGAUGUAACAAUAAUCUGGAAUGUAUUAAGAAUCGUUUAGUGUGCAAAGAUUAUAUGAGAAUCACGUUGAUCGUUCUGUUGAUAUAAUUAAACGAUUAAAUCUAUA